GAAUAACGUUAGCACUGGGUCACAUCGUGGGAACCAUCAUCAGCUCGUGGUUGACCAGUAAAGUCAAGACCAGGAUGGGGUACAUGUACAUCAUCGUCUGCACUUACCUGUUCACUUUGAUCAUCAUACCUUUCUAUUUCAUCAUCGGUUGUAACAAUGAGCCUGUGUAUGGAGCUGACGGGGCAAUCGGCCGGCCUAUCAGCAACAUUAGUCAGUGCGACUGUAACCAUGAACAGAAUCUCAUCUCUUGUGGGGCAGACGACAAGAUGUACCUGUCGCCAUGCUAUGCUGGCUGUACCAAUGUAGAUGGCAAGAUUUUCACCGACUGUUCACUAUUCAACUCAACACUGGGAUCUACGUUGACCCCAGGACUGUGUGCAACCGACUGCCGAUGGAGCUUCAUCCUGUACGCCUGUCUCCACGGGGUGCAGUCCAUGUGCAGUGCCAUGAGCAUGAUACCCAGGCGGCUUCUUAUCAUAAGGAUUGUCGAUCCCCAAGAUCGUGGUUUCGCUACAAGCCUCUUUAUGUUCUGUUUUGUGUUCA